CGUCCACGCUAUAAAUCUUUAGCGACUGUCUGCUCACCUCAUAAGACCGAGGAUUACAGCAAGCUUGUGUUGUAAUCUGAAUUCUAACAAUGAGCCAACAUUACCUCGUCGCCACUUUGCUCCUCACUCUCUUGCCUGGAUGUGCGGCGAUGUGGAUGUCGAGUAUCUGCAACAAGGACUCGGACUGCCCCAUCCACAAGUGUUGUAACGUCGUCAACGUCAGGACAAGCGUACAAGUGAGUGCAGGGGCCGGCAGCUGCGUCGACAGAGGACACUGUCAACGUGGUUGUAACAGUUUGAUGUGGUUUGUUUCAGGACACUGUCAACGUAGUUGUAACACUAACUCGGACUGUCGACAGGAGGAAUGUUGUAAAAUCAGCCACGUGGGGGCGUACCGCGGAACGUGCACCCCCAGAGUGACAUACAGAGGAGUCUGCUUGGCCACUUCAAAGAUAGUCGCCCCACUUGGUCAGCAUUUCGUCUGUCCGUGCGGCCGAGGCCUCAAGUGUACGGGGACCGGGCACAUGUCUGGUUACGGAGAAAGUGGAAUUUGCAAAGAUGUACAACAUCUGGCCAAAUGCGGCCACGACGGUCAUUGUUCCGGACAUAGAUGUUGUCGCUAUGGUCAUUGUGUCGUACCAUUUGGCGGUGCGAGGAGACAUCGAUGCGGUGCGUUCAGAGGUUAGGAGAGGAAAUACAAAACACGAUAAACCCGGUCUACACUGACAGUGUCCUCUUAUUGAAAUAAACAUUGUCAAUAUGUUAAUAUUUCACAAAAUAAAAUAUGUGUAAUACUG